AUGUCCAUAACCAUUUUGCUGGAAAUUGGGCAUGAUGCCUCUCUAAGAUCAAAAACAACACCUGAGGGUUUCACACAUGAUUGGGAGGUCUUUGUUAAAGGAUUUAAUGGUGUAGAUAUUCAUUACUAUGUAGAAAAAGUUGUGUUCCACUUGCAUGAGACAUUUCCCAAACCUAAAAGAGUUGUGAAAGAACCUCCAUAUUCCUUGAGAACUUCUGGUUAUGCAGGAUUCAAUUUGCCAAUUGAAAUCUACCUGAGGAACAAUCAGGAUCCAAAGAAAAUCAAAUUCAAUUAUGAUCUUCAGCUUCAACCAACAGGCCCUCCUAUCCAUAAAGUACAAAAAGAAAAGUACACUUUUUUCAACCCCUCUGAAGAGUUCAAAAGUAAACUUUUGAAAGGUGGAGCAGUAGUUGGAUCAGGAAGUAACUUCCUAGAUAAUAGUGAUAGUAGUAAAGUAGAUGAAAAAAAUCAAAUGACUAGCAAGCCAAAACUAAGUGGCACAGAUGUGGCCACCAAGAAACACAGAAUCAAGCCUGAAGAACCAAGAAAUACAGAUUUUGAAAAUCUAUUUGGGCCUCCUAUAAAAAAAACUAGCAAAGCACCAGAACAACCAAAGCCCAAGGAAGUACCUAAGAGUUCUUCAAGCACAGAAAAAAGUACUGACAAAGAGAAACCUGAAAAAUCUAAAACAAAAAGUCCUUACAAAGAUAAAGAGAAAGAAAAGUCAAAAGAAAAACCUCCUGAAAGUUCUGAUAAGAGGAAAGAAGAGAAAAAGAAAUCCAAAGAUGACAAGAGCAAAGAUAGAGAUAAAACAAAGGACAAAAGUUCCAAAAAAGACAAGGAGAAAGAGAGAGAAAAGUCCCCACCACAUAGACCAAAAAGUCCCAGUCCUAAAAGAUCUCCAAAGCGCGCACCAAGUCCUGUCCCUGCACCAAAACACAGCAGCAACAAAGAAAAAGAACAAAGCAAAGAGGAGAAGAAGGACAAAGACAAGGACAAAGAUAGGAGCAAGGAGGAGAAGAAGUCCAAAAAGGAUAAGAGAGAUCACAAAGACUCCAAGCACAGAGACAAAGAUCGAGAGAAGGAGCACAAAGAGCACAAGAGCAGGGACAGCAAGUCCAGCAAAGAAAAGGAAACGACCAAUCACAAGGUCAAAGACGUCAGUCCUGUCACUGUGCCACCUGUUGCUUCCCAGUCAUCAGCGUCUUCACACAAAUCUGAGAAGAGGGUGAAAGAAAAAGCGCCCCCCAAAGACCCCCCCGCGCCCAAAGAAGAGGAAAAACCGCCAGAAAAACCCCGCGACGAACCGACGGAAGACAGACAGAAACACCGCCACAAGAAGAAAGAGCGCAAAGAUAAGCACUCGAAGAGCGAGAAGAGAACAGAAAAACAACCCGUUGUCCUCAAGGAGGUUGUGAAAGAGAUUGUCAAAGAGGUUUCGGUGCCGGUGUCCUCCAGCAGGGACACUGAUAAGAGCAACCUUUUUGGUAGCCCGCAUAGCGAUUCGCCGUCGACGCCUAAAGAGGUCGAAACUAAGGCUGAAAGUACCCACGUUCAUUCCAGAGAUGACGAUUCGUCAAACGAAUCGGGUAAAAUCAGCAGUAGAGAAGCCUCUCCAGCCCCCAAAGUCCCAUCGCCCGCCUCCCUGCCUUCUCCAGUGAUGAUGGAACCGGCGAAGAAGCCCGAACCCGAACCGAAGAAAAAAGAGGAAUCGCCGAAGAAGAGGGAGAGGAAGGAAAAGAAGAAGGACAAAAAAAGUGAUAAAGAUCAUGAUAAAAAGCGGAAAAGGAAAAGCGAUCAAACCAAUAUGGAACCAGAACAGCCUCCCGAGAAGGUCGUCAAAGAGAAUAAUAAUUCUGAUGAUGAAAGUAAAGUUUCCAGUACGGAAGACGCAAAUACGGUUCUUAUGAUGCAACCUAAAAGCGAGUGCGACAUGGACAUGCUUCGUGAUCUGCAACACAAGAUAAUGAGUCUGAAGGACAACGCCGAUCUGCAGAAGGUCGUGCAGCUGAUAGCCGAGACCGGUCAAUACGAGGUGUCCGCCCAUACUUUUGAUUUCGAUCUGUGCCUGCUCGACACAUCGACUGUCAGACAGUUGCAGGAGUUUUUCUCGAAAAUUUCGUAG